GUGAGAGUCAUGUGUUUAGAUCACGUUGGGAUUUUCUAUGAAGAUGGAGAAUUUCGGAAUUGACGAAAACUGUAAAGGCAUCUUACUGAAUUGGGUGUGAAUUUCAGCAAUUGGAAAUGUCCAUUUUAUCAUCCCUCCGUCCACAAUGGACCACCCGCAUCUUUCAAACCCCCAUCCUAAAACCCUACCACCCGCAAGCACCCACCCCAAUAUCCUCAUUCCUGAUCCCAAUCCGGCACGCGGUAGCCAAUUUCCGUCCUCGGCGGUUAAAAUACAAGAAAUCGCAUAAAGGCUUUUACCCCACGCAUACGGGGGGGUCACUACGUGGCACGACGGUUUAUUACGGGGAGUAUGGGUUACAAGCAUUAGAAGGAGGUCGAUUGAGUGAUGUUCAACUGGAUAGUGCGAGAACGGGUAUGAGGAGGGUAUUGAAGGGUGAGAAGGGGGGAAAAUUCUUUUUGAGGUGUUUUCCGGAUCGGCCUGUUACGUCCAAAGGAGCUGAGACUCGUAUGGGGAAAGGAAAAGGAGCGGUGGAUUACUUUGCGACGUGGGUCGCUGAAGGAAGGGUUGUACUCGAAGUCAAGGGUGUAAGAAAGGAGGUUGCGGAUAAAGCGUUAAGAGUUGCUGCUGCUGCGUUGCCGAUUCGGACUCGAGUUGUGGGUGUGACGGAACGGGUUCCGCCUAGGGUUUUACCGUUUUUUGUUCGACGGCGGUUGAGGGAUAUCGAGUUUGAAGGGUUUGAUGAGAAGGUCAAGGCAUAAAACAAUGGAUGGGCCGAAUGUUGUGUGUUUUUAUAAUAGAUGAUAUUUUGCAUACCACUAUUCCAAAAACCCCGUAUGGAGAGAAAAAGGAAAAUGAGCACAUGCAUUUUUGCGACAUGGGUUAUCAAAAGGUUCGAGUUUGUACUCGACAAGUCACAGAUGUGAGAAGCAAAAGUUCCGACCUAGGUGUUUUACACGUUUUUUUUGUUGGACGGCGGUUGAGGGAUAUCGAAAGUUUGAAGGGGUUUGAUGAGAAGGUGAAAGUGUAACGAAUGAUAGGUGAAUGUUUAAAGAUUCUUUUUGAGAGGAUUAAACAAAAUCCAGAUAUCGCUUUUUGUUCCAUA